CCUGCAGCUCCCCUUUGCUGCGCUCCCUUGGUGUUUGGCUGCAUAUGACUGACGCAUGGGUCCUUGUGUACUUCUCACUGGUAUCUCAAUGUCCCAAACUUAGCUUAAAUGUCUUCUUGUGGCUCUUGUGGCUGACCUUCGUAAGCUCGGUGUGGGCGAGAGGUUGUAUCAAUGUCCGAACUCUAUGGCAGUCCGCGUCUAAAUGUAAAAAUAACCCCUCCUCUCCCCGGACCACCACCACCGCCUAGCUAGCUGUUGUAGGCGGCCGUGCCGUUCAGGUCAGUGGGAGAACGCUUCAGCACCUUGGCUGAAGGCCCGAGUUUCGGAAUCAGAGUGGCUUAGGGGUUUGGUGUCCUAGCGGCAAGUCGGCGCUGGAAGAGUGACGUCUCUGACAGGAGUUGGGAAGUCUGUUCGGCAUUUUGCUACUUCUGCAUCAACCGGGCCGUGUAGGAGUUAGCUUCCAGCAGCCCAGGUAAACGGCCGUUGUGCCGUUGUGUUAAACAGCGUCGCCCUUGCCAAUCGUGAAGUAUCCUUUGCCUAUCUCUCUUUAAGACCGUCCGGCAUCGAGCUUCUCGCUGACUUGUCUUUUUUUCCCCUCCUCCCUCUCUCCCCCCUGCUCCGUUUUCGGCUCCUCUCGGCCCGACGUGAAAUUUCCACGCUGACAGGGAUGCGCCGUGGUUGAGUUCAAGAUGGAAGAGAGCAUGAAGAAAGCUGUGGAGGUCCUGAACAAACAUAGUCUCAGCGGGAGGCCCCUGAAGGUGAAGGAGGAUCCCGACGGAGAGCAUGUCCGGAGAGCCGUGCAGAAGGCCAUGGCGGCGUCCGGAGGCGGGAUGGGCGGAGGCCCCGGCGGCCCCGGCAUGAUCAACAUCCCCCCCAGCAUCCUCAACAACCCCAACAUCCCCAAUGAGAUCAUCCACGCCCUGCAGGCGGGCCGCCUGGGCAGCACCGUCUUCGUGGCCAACCUGGAUUACAAAGUGGGCUGGAAGAAGCUGAAGGAGGUUUUCAGCAUGGCCGGCGUCGUGGUCCGCGCGGACAUCUUAGAAGACAAAGACGGCAAAAGCCGGGGGAUCGGCACCGUGACGUUUGAGCAGGCCAUCGAAGCCGUUCAGGCCAUCUCCAUGUUCAACGGGCAGCUGCUGUUUGACAGGCCGAUGCACGUGAAGAUGGACGAGCGAGCCUUGCCGAAAGGGGACUUCUUCCCUCCGGAGCGGCCCCAGCAGCUUCCCCACGGACUUGGGGGCAUCGGCAUGGGAUUGGGACCGGGAGGGAUCCCUAUCGAUGCGAACCACUUGAACAAGGGGCUGGGCAUGGGCAACCUGGGGCCCGGAGGGAUGGGCAUUGAAGGCCUGGGCUUCGGAAUGAGCAAAAUGGGAGGGAUGGAGGGCGCUUUCAGUGGCAUGGAGAGCCUGGGCCGGUUUCCUUCUGGGAUGAACCUCGGCAGAAUGAGCGAGAUGGACCGUGCAAUUGGAGGUGGAUUUGAAAGAGACUUCCCGAGAAAUGAAAUGGGAAUGCCCCGUAGUUUUGGAGACACCCUGGACCGGGGAAUUGGUGGCGGGGCUGGGGCCAGCCUCCCCGCGAUCGACCGCAUGGCCCCCGGGCUGGACCGCAUGGCCACGGGCAUCGACAGGCUCCCCUCCGGCAUGGGCCACGGGAUAGAAAGAGUGGGCUCGGAGAUGGACCGCAUGGGGCUGGUGCUGGACCGCAUGGGCUCAGGCGUGGACCGCAUGGGCUCCGGCCUGGACCGCAUGGCCCCCCUGGGCAUCGACCACCUGGCGUCCAGCAUCGACCGCAUGGGCUCCGGGAUAGACAGGAUGGGGGCGGGCAUGGAGCGCAUGGGCGCCGCCGGCCUGGGCUUCGGCAUCGACCGCAUGGGCUCGGCCAUGGAGCGCGUCGGCACCACCAUGGACCGGAUGGGCGCCGCCGGCGUGGACCGCAUGGGCCUGGGCAUGGACCGCAUGGUCCCGGCCGGCAUGGGCCCGGUGAUGGAUAGGAUGCCGGCGGGGCUGGACCGCCUCGGGGCGGCCCCCAUCGACCGCAUGGGGCUGGACCGGCUGGCCGCCUCCAACAUGGAGAGGAUGGGGCUGGAGCGCAUGGGCGCCGCGGCCACCGGCAUGGAGAGGAUGGGGCCGGCCAUGGGGCAGGGCUUGGGGGCAGGGCUAGACAGGAUGGGGCUGGCCAUGGGGAGCUCCUUCGAGAGGUCCAUGGAGAUGGAGCGGGGGAACUUCGCCGCCGGGAGCUUCGCUAGCGCCCUGGGGGCCGGAGGACCCGUCGCCGCCGCUGCUGCCUCCGUCGGGGUCGCCAGGAAAGCCUGCCAGAUCUUUGUGAGGAAUCUUCCUUUUGACUUCACAUGGAAAAUGCUGAAAGACAAGUUCAAUGAAUGCGGACACGUCCUGUACGCGGACAUCAAAAUGGAGAACGGGAAAUCUAAAGGAUGCGGCGUGGUUCGGUUCGAGUCCCCCGACGUCGCCGAAAGAGCCUGCCGCAUGAUGAACGGGAUCCAACUCCGCGGCAGGGAGAUUGACGUGCGGAUCGACAGAAACGCUUAAAACCAGGCCCCCCCUCCCUCCUUUUUAGAUACAGAAAUAGGGAAGAGCGGGAGAAGGUUGGGUUUGUAUUCCCCCCCCCCCUCUUUUUUCUUGUUAAGACUUUUUUUUUGUUUCGUUUUUAAAUUUUUGCCUGGAUGUAAAGAUAGUGAGACAACUCUGAAGUCAUUUUAAUUCCCUUUUUUUUUAAAAAAAAAAAUGAUUUCCACCUCCGUUUUAUCGUCUGGUUUUCUUGUUUUUUUGCCUUGAAAACUGUUUAACAGCACAAUCCUGUUCUUUUCGUCGUGUUGUCGCCCUUGUUGAAUUUCAAGGUGUAUUCUUCAAAGUGUGUCUUCGGUAAUAAACUUCCCCCCAGUAACUGGUAGCUUUCAAUCUUCCGCUUCCCCCUCGCCGCUCAGAGUUCCUCUCGUGGGGUCGGGUGGAUGAAAGAAUAUUUGGAAGGACGAGAUUAAGUAGUGCUGAUAACUGUGUGUCUUUUCACCGCUGGAAAGUCGUUCCUUUGGAAAUUUAUACGAGAAGCGUUUUGGGAAAAACGGACGAGUAGAACACGAGUCAGACCAAAAAAAAAAAACCCUCCACGUGUCUUGUAUGAAAACUUGUCGAUAUUAAAGGCGUUCUCUUGUGA